CGUCCCACCACUCUGUGCGCCCAUUCUAGUCCCCGAAUAUGGACGACUUGCGCCAGCACCUACGCGGCACGACUGCCCUCGUCUUGACACCGGACUCGCCCGGCUACGCGGAGAGUAUCAAACGAUGGAGUGACACCUGCGAAAAGAGAGCGGCCGCGGUUGUCUUACCCACGACGGCAGAAGAGGUGUCGCUGGCGGUGGGUUUUGCGACCGCGCAUCACAUUCCUCUGGUGGUGCACAACGGCGGCCAUUCGACCAGUGGCGCCUCGGCGAGCGAGGGAGGGCUGGUGAUCAGUCUGGCGCGCAUGCGAGGGGUGGUCGUAGAUCCCGCCGCCAAAACCAUUACCGCGCAAGGGGGCACCAUCUGGGAAGAUGUGGACCGGGCAGCGGCGGUCCAUGGCCUCGCGACGGUCGGGGGCACGGUGAAUCACACCGGGGUCGGAGGCCUGACGCUCGGGGGCGGAUACGGGUGGCUGACGGGGCGCCACGGGCUGACGAUUGACAAUCUCCUGGCGGCGACGGUGGUGCUCGCCGACGGACGCAUCCUACGCGCAUCGGAGACGGCGAACGCCGAUCUCUUCUGGGCGCUGCGCGGCGCCGGCCACAACUUCGGCGUCGUCACCGAGUUCGUCUUCCGGGCGUACGACCAGCCCCACGAGGUCUACGCGGGCUUGCUGAGCUACCCGACCCAUCGACUGCCGGAGAUCCUGGCCUUCGUCAACACCUUCGAGGACGAGGGCCCGGCCCAGCAGGACCAGGGGAUCUUCUUCGGCUUCAGCGGGGACAUCAUCCUGGCGGCCAUCUUCUACAACGGGCCGCGCGCCGCCGCGGAGCGGCACUUUGCGCCCCUGCUGGCGCUGCAGCCCACGGUCAACACGGUCACCAUGAUCCCCUACGAGCAGCUGAACACGAUCCAGAACCCCUUCGCCACCUACGGCGGCCGCAAGUCCUUCAGCGGCGCCUUCGUCCGCCUCCCGCUGGAGGUAGGGUUCUUUCAGGAACUGCUGGACGACUACCAGGCGAUGAUCCAGACCUAUCCCGAGGCCUCGCGCACCGCCGUGCUCUUCGAGCUGGUCUCCCACACCGCGGUGCUGCGCGUCCCCCAGGCGGCCAUGGCCUACGCCACGCGCGGGCCGUACUAUAAUGUCGGCUGCGUGUUCCGGUGGGAGAACCCCGGUCUGGACCAGACCAUGCGGGCGAUGCAGCAGGCGAUGAUGCGCAAGGUCGGUGACCGCGCCGGGGCCGGGGCGCAUGCCCGCGCCUAUGCCAAUUAUUCUCACCACGACGGCCGGGUCAAGGACGUUUUCGGCGAGAACCUGCCCCGGUUGCAGCAAUUGAAAGGCAAGUAUGAUCCGAACAAUGUGUUCAAGAAGUGGUUGAAUUUGCUGCCCAAUUAG